UCUGUGCAGCUCAUGGGCGAUGGCGGCGGUGGCGGCGGUGGUGGUGGCGGUGGCGGUCAUGGGUAUUCGGCCUCGAAUUACGUUGGUCGGCAGCGCAGCGAUCAUGUACUGGUCCAGCAGGAUGUCGGUGGUGGGCUGCAGCACGACGGCGCUGUGCAGAGUGAUAACCACCACGGCACUCGGGCGAAACGUGCGCGUCUUCAGCACAACCAGACACAGCACCAAAACUAUAACCACGGCCCUGACGGAGAUUCCAUUGCUGUCAAUGAAACGAGCCAAGCACAUGACCAGCAGCUCCCAGCUUCCCGCGUUGGGGAAUCGACGACGGAAUAAGCGAUCGGGGACAGCGACUCCCUCCGUUCAACCAAGCGGCCAUGGCAGCACCAGCAGAGGCAGGGCAUAAUGAGGAUCAGAACUUGCAGCAGCACCAGCAUGAUCCGAUGCUGUCGUCCCAGUUCGAUCUCGACACGUGGGACUACGAGGUCGGGUUCUGGCAAAGCCUGGCGGACUGGUCUUCUGUUGCACUUGACAACAAUAACACUGGUGGGAACAGCAACACUGGGCUCGGAGGAGGUGGUGGUGGGGUCAAUUUGUAACAUGUGUCUGUCUCCAUUUUACGGCAUCGGAGGAGUCUACAUUGAUUAUAUGGAAAUAUAGAAUUGAGUCUAUGGAGGUCGUAAUAAAGUUUAAUUGUCCGU